AUGGCAUCACACAAGCUCUUUCUCAUUGCUUUCUUGGUGAGUCUCUCUUCCUCUAUGAUGAUCAACACUUGCUCGGCCUCACGCCACCUUCUCCAGCAACAACCUCUUCCUCAAAUCCCAAAUUUCCCUAUCCCGGCAAUGGGUCUACCUCCAUUGCCAUCGACAUUGCCACAACCAACUCUUCCCACCAUUCCCACUUCAAUCCCUUCAUUCCGAAUGCCAAAUUUGCCUGCAUUCCCUUCUCUUCCUACUAAUUUCCCAUCCAUUCCGUUCUUCACUCCACCGCCUUCCACUACAUCGAGUCCUUGA